AUGGAGAGUGCCUGCGCAAACCUCACUGGUGCUGUGCGCUUGGUGCAGCUGCUCAAGAUCGAAGGCUUUAGGGGGGAAGUGAGACUUCCGCUAUUCCUCCCUGAUUUCAUCAAAUCCACAUGGAGAUGGAGCGUCGGUGGCUAUGAGUGGGAAAUCCGAAUCUAUCCUGCAAAGAUGAUGUCCACCGAUCUGUGGCUAAUACUGGAGCUGAACCUUCUCAGUGAGCCCCGCGUAUGCAGGGCGAGCCUAGCAGGCCGGCUCGUAGAUCCGAGUGGGAAGCUUGAACCAUCGGAAGAAAAGAGUGCAUUCUACCGCCCCGAAGAGAGUAAAAAUUACUUGUGGCUCAUGCGUACAGGUGAUUUGCGAACGUCAGGUUAUCUCAGGGAUGGCACUUUGACUGUGCAGGGCGCCAUCACUGUGCUCAAGGAGUUACCGGAACCAGCCAUCCCCGGUAAAGAAGUGACCGAGCCAUCCCACACCUUGAACCAGCACCUCGGCGACCUCCUGCAGAGCGGGACGGGGGCGGACGUCACAUUUCUCGUGUCCGGCGAGUCUUUUGCCGUGCAUAAAAACAUAUUGGCCGCAAGAUCUCCGGUGUUCAUGGCUGAGUUCUUCGGGGACAUGAAGGAGAAGUGCUCACAAAGUCUGAAGAUAGACGACAUGGAGGCUGAGGUAUUCAAGGCACUGCUCUGUUUCAUCUACACCGACAUUGUGCCGGAAUUUGAAAAUCAGGAGGAUGUGACGUUGAUGGCGCAACAUCUAUUUGCUGCUGCUGACAGGUAUGGACUUGACAUGCUCAAGCUCAUAUGUUCUGAUAAGCUUUCUAAUGGCAUCAGCAUCAACACGGUGGCAACGACGUUGGCUUUAGCAGAGCAGCACCGCUCUUUGCAGCUCAAGGCGAAGUGUGUGGACUUUAUCAUUAGUACUCCAACAAUUCUUGAUGCCGUGUUGGCGACGGAUGGGUAUAAGCAUCUGGCGUCAAGCUGCCCUUCGGUGGUGACUGACCUUCUCAAGGCUGCGUGCAGUAGAAAGAUUUGA